UUCAAACCCUUCUUCUUCGGCUCUUUCCGGGUUUGCGAUUUCAGAGAUUGUUGCUUCUCGAUGAAGCAAUCUUCGUUGGGGGAUGGUUGGGUGUUCCGUCACGUUGGAUGCCAUGUCAAUUCGUUCAAAUUGAUCAGUUUAUCGUUCACGGUCGUUGUCUCGCCUACGACAACAACGGUGGUAGAGAGGAACCGUGGUGAUAGAAAUGUCAAAUCAGUACUUCUGGUAAGUUUCUUGAAAAAUAUGCUUGAAUAUUAACUAUGAUUCUAUAGCCAUUGGUUUCAGCUGCGUUCUCUCUCUCUCGCUCGUCGGUGGUGAUGGCUGGAUCUUCGGUUCACCGCGGAGGCGAUGGAAAUUCCUGGAGUGGUUCCUUGACUAUGGGCGCCCAAUAAUCUCUUUCUCUGUUCUUGCUAGUGAUGGUGUUUUAUCGAGUUCCUUUCUGGUCAUACCGUCGUAGAUAUGGUAAGGUAUUCUUUUAUCACUGUCUUGAUUCUACAAAGACAUCCUAGUUCUAAAGUUCACUGUAGAAUCUUGCUGUGGGAUAUUCCAUUCACUGAUGAUUGUAUCUUUCUCGGGUCAUUCUUUCCAAAAUUUUGUUCUGAGUAGUGGAAGUAUCCCCUAAAUGUGCUUUCCUUUCCAAAAUCUUGUGCUGCGAUUGUUGUUGAAAUAUGCAGGUUGUGGGUACAUCAUGAAACUCGUACAGAUCAUAUAACCGUGCUACUCGUUCACAUUGGUGGUUCAGAAUCAACGUGUGAGGCACGAUUCAUCUCGGGCUAGAACGCGUGGCCUCGAGAGGUCUCUAGGAUGGACAUGUUUGGGUACACAUUGAGCGGGUACUGCGUGACCAUUUCCCCUUCAGGAAACUCAAUGAUUCCCGGUGUCAGGUUUUGUUGGAUUGCAGGCAAAGAAUUGAGGUUAAGCCAGGGGAUAUUGUUGUUAAACAGGGCGGUGAGGGAGAUUGUUCCUAUGCUUUCGGUAGUGGAGAGUUCAAGGUCUUGGCAACUCAGGAAGAAAGGAAUGGGAAGGUACCGAAGAUUUUGUGGCACUGUACAGUUAAGAAGGUAUCAUCCUUUGGUGAGCUGACCUUGAUGUGGGGCAAUGAAACGAGAAGAUAUCGAGGAAUUCUGAUGUCUGAGUUUUCAAACAUGGCACCCUUGAAGCUUCUUCGAUCUGUCAAUCUUCUUUUCCUGUCUUAUGAUUCUGCAACUGAUUCAUGCUGCCGAAAGUUUUCUUUUCAGAUGGACAAACAAUAGCUGACAAGAGAAGAGGACUUGAGGUGAGGGGCUGUAUGUUAUUCAGAAGGGACUUGUAAGAAUUUCAAUGCACAUGUUUAUACUUCUGCAGGAUGGUGAAGGAGAUUGCUUCUAUGUUGUCGGUAGUCUUGGCAACUCAGGAAGAAAAGAACGGUGAGGUGCCGUGGAUUUCUCUCUCUCAAAUAGAGGGUCGGAAGCGAAUCCGAGUUAGGGAUGCACGAGAACUCGGAGCCGACCAAAAACUUUCGACCACUCAUAUGAUGCCACCUGUCAAAACUCCGGAAAACCCCACACAGAAAAAGAGAAUCUUUGAGACGAAAUGUCGAUCACCCUAAAGAUUUCGUCCAUUUCGAGUUUCUCCGACGAUGGGUUCAAUGGGUUAGAUCCAGCGAAGCAAUGUUGCCUCAUUCCAGUGUUUGAAAUUGGGUCGAUUCGUUUUCCUGGAAGUUCUCGUAGCGAAUCUGCUCGAAUCCGUUUGCUGUCGGCGCAGCCUUCCCGCCAAUUAAAGACCCGAUGUGUGGGAUUAGAUGCGGCGAUUCCAGGCGAGAAGUCCAGUCGGUCGGUGCCGGAGUGGGUAUAUAGUGGCGUGAAGGAUGAGAGCGCCGGGGUUUUGGAGCCUGAAACCGGCGGCGGAGAUGGCGGCGCCGGUAAUCAAAAUAGCGGUGGCGGUGGCGGCUGGAACAGUGGUGACGACGGCGACGGCGGGGAUGGAGAGGAUGAAGCAGACAAGGCAGAGGAGAAAGAGUUUGGUCCGAUACUGAAGCUGGAGGAAGUGAUGAGAGAGACUGAAGGUAGAGGAGUGACUCUGCCGGUGGAUAUGUUGGAGGCGGCGAAGUCUGUCGGAAUUCGGAAGCUCUUCCUCCUUCGUUACCUCGAUUUACAGGGUUCGGUUUGGCCGCUCGGUUUUCUUAUGCGGAACUGCUCAAUGCUUCGGAACAGAAUGCUUGCUGAUCCUUCGUUUCUUUUCAAAGUUGGAACUGAGAUAGCCAUAGAUUCUUGCUGUGCAACAUUUGCGGAAGUUCAGAAGAGGGGAGAAGAUUUCUGGUCUGAGUUCGAGUUAUAUGCCGCUGAUCUUUUGGUCGGUAUUGUUGUCGACAUUGCAUUGGUCGGACUCUUGGCUCCUUAUGCACGUAUCGGGAAGCCAUCGGUGGCAUCAAAAGGUUUAUUUAGGGACCUACAACGAGCUUCUGCAGCCCUUCCUAGCAGUGUUUUCGAGGCUGAGAGACCCGGGUGUAAAUUCACAGUUCAGCAGCGGAUUGCAACGUACUUCUACAAGGGCAUCUUGUAUGGUUCAGUUGGAUUCGGCUGUGGCCUCAUCGGUCAGGGAAUUGCAAAUCUUAUCAUGACAGCAAAACGGAGUAUAAAGAAAUCAGAAGAAGACAUCCCGGUUCCACCCCUUUUCCAAAGUGCUGCUCUCUGGGGUUUUUUCCUGGCCGUUUCUUCAAACACGCGUUACCAAAUCAUCAACGGAUUGGAACGCGUCGUGGAAGCGUCCGCAGUCGCCAAACGCGUCCCAGCGGUUGCGUUGGCAUUCACGGUGGGUGUCCGGUUCGCCAACAACAUCUACGGUGGUAUGCAAUUUGUGGAUUGGGCAAAAAUGUCUGGCGUCCAAUAAAAGCAUAAUCAUUCCGGGUUUGGUUUAGGUUUGUUUUAUCUGGUUAUCUUGUCUUGUUAUGUGCCGAGUUUCAGAUUAGGAAAACCGGUUGACGAACCGGACCGAGAAUCUCCUUGUUUCUGGGUAAGCUUUUAUAAUUUAUACACAUGGAGAAGCUCGAGUAAUUAUAAUUUGGUAAAACGUUUAAAAAUAUC